AUGAAAGUCGUCCGCGUGGUCGACUACCACAAACCGCUCGAGCUGUCCGAGGCGCCCGAACCCCAAAUCACGUCGCCUCUCGAUGUGAUUGUCAAAAUCGGCGCCGCCGGGGUGUGUCGCACCGACAUCCACAUCCUCGAGGGGCAGUGGGCCGACAAGUCCGGGGUGAAACUGCCGUACACGAUCGGGCACGAGAACGCCGGCUGGGUGCACGCCAAGGGGGAGGCCGUGACGGGGGACCUCGAGGUCGGGGACAAGGUGAUCCUGCACCCGCUGGUGACCUGCGGAUUGUGCCGCGCGUGCCGCUCCGGCGACGAUGUGCACUGCGAGAACUCGGCCUUCCCGGGAAUCGACGCCGACGGCGGCUACGCAGAGUAUCUGAAGACGACGGCGCGCAGCGUCAUCAAGCUGGAUCCGAAGCUCGAGCCCGCCGACGUGGCGGCCCUGGCCGACGCGGGCUUGACGGCGUAUCACGCCUGCGCCAAAGCCGCGCGGGCUCUGAGACCCGGCACCUUCGUCGUCUUGAUCGGUGCAGGCGGCCUGGGCCAUAUCGGGAUCCAGGUCAUGAAGGCCAUCAGCGCUGCCACGGUCGUCGUGGUCGACAGGAACGCGGAUGCUUUGGGGCUGGCGAAGAAAUUGGGCGCUGACCAUGUCGUCCAGGCGGGAAACGAAGACGGCUUUGUCAAAGAGGUCCUGUCUCUGACGGGAGGGAAAGGUGCGGAGGCCGUGAUUGACUUCGUCGCCGAAGGCGGGUCAACCGCUACCGGGGUGCGCAUGCUCCGUCGAGCAGGAAACUACUACAUUGUCGGAUACGGAGAAAACAUCAAUGUCCCCACCAUCGACAUCAUCUCGACCGAGAUCAAUUUCAUCGGCAACUUGGUCGGGUCGUACAAUGACCUGGCCGAGUUGAUGGUGUUGGCCGCCCAGGGCAAGGUGGUUCUGCACACGUCCAUCUAUAAGCUGGAGGACUUUCAGAAAGCCAUUGACGAUCUUUCGGCGGGAAAGGUGAGGGGGAGAGCUAUUCUGGUGCCCUGA